AAUGUUCAUGACACUGUAAACAUUUUCAAAUGAUAAUACUAUAUCAGAAAUGAUGCUUAAUAAUAAUGUUCUGUUUUAUCGACGUUACUUCUAUGAUUGGUCAUAACGUGAUGUGAACACUUUUGUGUUGAUCGUACGAAGGUAGUUGUUUUAAUAUAGGUAAUGCAAAAAAUGUCGUAUAACAGAAGAAGCAUUGGAGAGCAAACACCGUUGUUGAGGAGGAACGUGACUUCUGGAUUCAAUUUAAAGCAACUUCUUCUACGAAGGAUACCAAUCUUGGCAUGGAUACCUCAAUAUAGUUUGUCCAAACUUCUACAAGAUAUCUUGGCAGGAUUGACUGUUGGUUUGACCGUUAUACCACAGGGUAUAGCUUAUGCAAUUGUAGCCGGACUUCCAGCUCAGUACGGCCUGUACAGCAGUUUCAUGGGAUGCUUCGUCUACUUGGUGUUCGGUAGCUGCAAAGAUAUCACCGUGGGACCUACGGCAAUAAUGGCUUUACUGUCGCAACAGCACGUUAUAAGACUGGGAGAAGAUAUUGCGGUACUUCUCUGCUUCCUGACUGGCUGCGUGAUUUUGCUUAUGGGACUGCUCCACUUGGGAUUUCUUGUAGAGUUUGUUAGUAUGCCAGUGAUAUCUGGAUUCACUAAUGCUGCUGCCAUAAUAAUUGGAACAUCUCAGUUGGGCACAUUGCUUGGCUUAAGUGGCAGAAGCGAUUCGUUCGUCGAUGCAAUUGCUAAAGUUGUCAAUCAUUUCGAUAAAAUUACCUUUUGGGAUCCCUUGUUAGGAAUCUGUUCCAUGAUCCUGCUCGCCUGUCUUAAAAAACUACCUGGAAAGAAAUCGGGCACGGUUACUGAAAAAUUCAUGUGGGUCGCAUCUCUGGCCAGGAACGCUGUAGUCGUCAUCUUUGGAAUAACAUUAAAUUAUUCAUUAUCCUCUUAUGGCAUUAAAAUCUUUAAAAGUACUGGAAACAUAACGGAAGGUCUGCCGUCGUUUGCGCCACCGCCAUUUUCCCUUGUAAAGGGAAACCACACGUAUCAUUUCGAAGAGUUAAUCGGUGAACUCGGAAGCACCGUCAUUUCAGUCCCGUUAAUUGCAAUUUUGGAAAGCAUUGCUAUUGCCAAAGCCUUUGCCAAAGGGAAAACCGUUGACGCUAAUCAAGAGAUGGUGGCGCUAGGACUUUGUAACAUUUUUGGGAGCUUUUCUCGAUCAAUGCCAACCACAGGGAGCUUCACAAGGACCGCUGUAAACAACGCCUCGGGCGUAAAAACACCAAUGGGCGGUUUAAUUACCGGAUCCCUGGUGCUUUUAGCGUGUGGCCUUCUGACUUCGACUUUCGAAUUCAUCCCCAAAGCAACGCUCGCCGCGGUGAUCAUAGUUGCCAUGUACUACAUGCUCGAGCUUCGUGUAUUCCUCGUGCUCUGGAGGACGAAAAAGAUCGACUUGAUACCUUUGACGGUGACUCUGUUGAGCUGCUUGGCAAUUGGUCCGGAAUACGGCAUGAUCGGUGGAACACUGGUAAAUCUAAUUCUCCUGCUCUAUUUCGCGGCCAGGCCUGGAUUAUUGAUCGAGGAGCGUGUUGUCGAUGGGCUGACGAUCUUGUUUGUAUCGCCGAAACAAUCGUUGAGCUAUCCGGCCGCGGAAUACCUGCGCGAACGUGUCAUGUCGUGGUGUGACACCAGGGCAGAGGCUAUCCCCGUGGUAGUGGAAGGUCGUCACGUGCUUAGAAUCGAUGCGACCGUCGCCAAGAACCUCGCUUUGCUUCUCGCCGACUUGGAGGCCAGGGAUCAGAGCCUGGUCUUUUGGAAUUGGUGCGAGCAAGUGAAGAGAACUUUGAUAAGCUACGACGCUUCCCUCCGUACGUCCUUCAAAAGUUGCGGCAGCAUAGCGCAAAUAUUUUCACCCAGACUCGCGCCACGCGAGUAAAAAUUGUGAAUUUAACAAACGCGGGUCUGACGCUGGGCCACGCUCCAAUUAAGAAUUAGCCCUUCCAUGCAACUUUGGUUUUGAUAAUUGCUUCGAUGCUCGACGAUGAGUCUAUUGAAAUUAUUACUGGGAUUCUUGCUGCAGGACAAAUUGGAGAUAAAUGCUAUUUCGUAAUUACGUUCUGGACGUUGUGUGUAUGAUAUUAUGGAAUUAUAGUUGAAGAAAGAUUCUUUAUGUAGAAGGAGGAAAUGAUUUUAAUAAUUUGAAAGAGUAAUUAGUUUUUAUAUCAAGUGUAGAAAGAGAAUUUUUGCGAAAUUGAAUUCAUUGAAUCCUAUAGCUCUUUCUUAAGUAAUGUAUAAUGCAUUUUUGUAUGUAAUUUUAAUUUAAUUUCUUACUUCAAUCUUCUUAUUUAUGUAUGUAAAUUCCUUCUUUUCUAUUCCAUGAAAUUUUAUUGAUUUCAUUAUUUUCAUUGGUGAUAAUUUUCAUCAAAUUAUCAUUAUUUUAGUUUAUUAAUGGUACUUCAAAUCAUGGUAUUUCAACUGUGCAUUCAUAUUUUUCUAAUUUCUAAUCUCGUUUUACAUUUUUCAAACUGCUUAUCAGAGAAAAGCAUGAAUUAUAUAUUUUAUUACAUCUUUUAAAAUAUUUGAUUUUAGUAUUUUGUGGUCAGGUAACGAUAGAUUUAUACGUUAAGAUCGAAAGUUGUUAAAGGAUAUCGAUUAUUAUAAUAACCUUUCUAUUCGAGUAAAGUGAAACUUUAUUUGGAA